AUGGUGGGCGCAAUGCCUGUUAAUUUAAUACCAAAAUUUUUCAAUGGUGCCAUGGAGAGUCAUAAUGGUGAUGAUUGUGAGAGUCAAGUGUUUAUCGGCAGUCGUGUAAAGUGUAACGAAGAUUUCGGUACUGUAAAAUAUAUUGGGGAGGUCCAGGGCUACAAGGGGAUUUGGUAUGGGGUUGAAUGGGACAAUGCUGAGCGCGGGAAACAUGACGGUUUCGUUGAAGACGUGCAAUACUUCAAAACAACGAAACCUGGGGCUGGUUCCUUUGUACGCCCUAACAAGAUAGCACCAUUCACAACCUGCGCUGAAGCUAUCAGGAGAUAUUACGGCGAUCGGGAGGAUGAGACAGUUGCGGCUCACCGUAGAACAGUUAUCAAUGAAUGGAAACGAGAAAUGGGUGCUCCGUUCAUAGAAAUGGUUGGCUUUGAGAAGAUACAUCAGAAACAGAAAUUUGAUCGCCUCCAAGAAGUCUGUGUUCAUGAUCAGAAUAUAACAAAGGCUGGUAAUGUAGCCGCUUUAUGUCCUAAUGUAAGGAGCUUAGAUGUAUCGCAGAAUCUGUUCUCAAAUUGGCGAGAGGUCAUUGAACUAUCAGCACAACUGCCGUUGAAGGAAAUUGAUGUUAGCAAGAAUCGCAUGGCAAUAGAUAUACCUGAAGAAACAUUGGAGCAACUUUCAAUACAUUUCUCUAACCUUGAGAAGAUAAACAUCUCUGUAUGUGAUUAUGAAUGGUCUGAUAUCCUUGCACUAUCCCAUCUCUGGCCAAAAAUAAAUGAAAUUAUAGCAGCCUACAACAGAAUCACCAUAAUAAACCCACCAAAAGUCACUCUAAACACAUUAACAAUACUGAGAUUAGAUGGGAACCCCAUAGAUUCAUGGUGUGAGGUCAUCAACCUCGGCCUCAAAAACCUCAAAGUAUUAAGCCUCAACGACUGCUGCAUAGAGGAAAUCAGAUUUAAAGAUACAAAACCAGAUGCUAAAGCUAGUGUAUUUGAGAAUUUGGAAGUGCUAUUUCUGAACAGGAAUAAAAUUAAAGAUUGGAGGUCAAUAAGUGAGUUGAAUAAAUUGAAAUCUCUAAAGAAAUUAUAUUUCUUGAAAAAUCCAAUCCAAAACGAGGAAGACUAUGACACCGGAUCUCAGCUAAUUAUAGCCAAAAUUGGUAAUCUUCAGGAAUUAAAUGGUUCAUACAUAACACGUGAACUACGUCGCGGAUCAGAAUAUGAUUAUAUGAAGAGAUAUGGUGCCGAGUGGAAGAAAGGAGAUGAACAGUUCCACUUAGAACACUGUAGAUUCCAAGAACUUAUUGAUAAAUACGGCAUCCCGGACGACAGUCUGCUUGUAAAACAAAACAAAGACACGACUCUCACAUCACAGCUAUUAGAAAUAAAUAUAAAAGAUGAAAACGGAAAGAUUCUCAAGAAAAAAUUCCCUUCAACCAUGGCUGUACAGAAACUUUUAACAUUAGCACAGAGAUUAUUCUCUAAAGGAAAAAUCGGAACACCCUAUCUAUAUAUACAGGAUGAGACGCAUUCAGACCUACUUAUGGAUAAUGCUAUGAAAGAUCUAGCAUUUUUCUCCAUCAAAAAUGGUGAUACAAUACUCGUUAAAUUCAGAUAA